CUGACAGCCUCCAAAGGUGGAACAUCUCUAGAUUUCUGUAUCUGAGGGAGAUAUGUACUUGCUCUCAACCAUCUUGAUUUAAACCAACCACAAACAAUCCCACCCACAUUGCUACUUGUCUCAGGGGUGGAAAGUCUCCGCUUGUCACUGCAACCCCUCAACCGUUCUGCUGGUAUUUCCUUGAGGAUAGUUUCACUUCAAGGGCAUCCCUGGUUGAAGACAGAUCACGGCAGGUAUGGCAGAGCAUGGUGUCAAGUAUCCCUCUGUGUUUGUGGUGGACAGCCAUACCGCCUACCCUCCACCUCCAGUGCCCCCCAGGCCCAGCCGACAGCCCCGGCGCACCACGGUGUGCCAGACCCUGCUGUUCCUGCUGGUAAGCCUGGCAUUGUGCGGCAUGGUCAUAGAAGCCUGCUUCAUCUACCGUCUCUACCAGACUGAGACAGCUGAUUCGGCUUCGACUUCCAAGGUGUUCUCAGAUGACGAUGACCUUUCUGGCACUGAAAGACCAAGCCUUGUUGUUCUUCCUUCCAAACCUGUGGCACACCUGACAGAUGGGCAAAACGUGCAUCACAGAAAUAAGGUCAUGUCGUGGAGCACAGAUGCACAACCUCUCCUUCACGAGAUGGAGUACAAAGACGGGAGGCUUGUCAUUCAGAAAGAGGGAUAUUACUAUGUCUACUCCAAGGUCUUCUUCAAGGACAGCGAAAUGUUUUAUCACUUGGUCAAAUAUGAAACCCCGCGCUACCCUGGGGGAAAUAUAACGCUCCUAGAGUCCAGGAAGUACUCCCCGAGAGCAGGCAAAACAGUCGUCCGGUCCAACAGCUACCUGGGUGGGGUGUUUCAUUUCAACGCAGGUGAUGGGAUCUUUGUGGAAGUGAGCAACGUCGCCCACAUUGUGCGACUCCAAGCCAAUGAAAAUUUCUUUGGGGCAUACAUGAUAUAAAUCUG